GGAUUAGCCAGUGAUGUCAUAACAUGGCGGAGCUGUGUAGUCCACGGGGCACUUAGUGGGCCAAGGUUUAAUUUACUUUAACAUAAAUAUAAUACGCUGAAAAAAGAAAGAUAGCGUCGGUCAAUGUGCUUUUAUCCGGUCGUGAAUAAAUUAGACUAACAAAAGAUAGCAGCUUAACGUGAGGUGGCGCUGAUUGGACUAUCCUGCCCACGGAGAGCUGGAAGCUUCCACAAGCCGGAAGAACACCGCUUGCGAGGAGGGGAUGGAGGUAGACUGCCAGGCUGAGGAGUCCAUGGUCUCUGCUUUUGAUGAAGAGUCUGUUGAGCUCGGUGACGUCAAGGACAUGAGACUGGAGGCGGAAGCAGUGGUCAACGACGUCCUCUUUGCUGUGUCUGAAAUGCACGUGUCACAAAGUCUCAACAGCGCGUCCGACGUGGCCUACAUAAAUGUGGAAACAAGAGAGGGAAACCGUUACUGUCUGGAGCUCACCGAGGCUGGGCUGAGGGUGGUGGGCUACGCAUUCGAUCAAGUGGACGAGAAUUUGACGACUCAGUAUCACGAGACUGUUUACUCGCUCCUAGACACGCUCAGUCCGGGUUACAGAGAAGCCUUUGGGAAUGCUUUGCUCCAGCGGCUGGAGAGGCUGAAGCAAAACGGACAAUGAAAAGGCCCAAGAUGCUGCAUACGUUGUACACGUGACACGGGGGUUGAUGAUGACGGCAAUGUUUGAGUAUGAGCCAACACUAAGUUUGUUCAUAUACUUUAUCCGGUUAUGUGAUAUCCAACUGCUUAGCUCCCAUACAAUAAGGGAUACCCAACCCUAUCGACUUUGCUUUUGUCCUAAGUUUCAUACCAUUGAAUUACUUCAUGUUAUUUCCUUAGGUUUAGUGACUGGUAUGGGCUGGCUGUAUAGGGCUCUGUGGCGAUAGUGUUGUUGACUUUACUGUGGAAAGACUGUGCAGCUUUUGUGUGUUUUCAAAAAAUUUGUAACGCCACACAUUGUUUAAGAAUUCUGCAAAGUUUGUGGUCCUUUGAAAUGUCCAGAGAGAAAAGCAGCGAGCUACGUUAAUACUGGUCCUGUUUACCCCCCGUGCCCUGCUUGCACUAAACCUGUGACCUGAUGCUCAGAUAUGCUCAACUAGCUUUUAUUCAGCUGUGAAAGUGCUGAAACUGUUUUUUUUUUCCAAGCAUAUACUGCCUUAAUCUCAUUUUCCAUACAUAUAUAUAUAUCUAACUAGGUCAGGGACAGCACUUAUUUUAACAGCUCUAACUACAUUGUAAUUUGAGUAUCUACUAACUCAUCAAGUUGUGUUUUAUUAUUCUGCUUUGGGGGUUUUUCUUGCAUACUGCACAAUUCAUUGCAUUUCAGACUUAGCUGUAAAAGUGAAAGGCUUGAAGAUAUUUCGAUGUUCUCUUCAAACUUUUGGGUCUUUUUAUCAAACUGCACAGCCUGUGUUAAUGCUCAGCGAGGAUUUCAAGAGCUGCUUUAAAACGCUGGUUUUCUCUGCAUGUGACCUGGUUAUACUUCAUCAGUAUUAUCAAAUCUACAGAAACUGUGCAUUCAUACUGUCAUUCCUUGCUUCUGACCUUUGUUCAGACCAAUAAAAUUUCUGAAGUAUGCA